GCCGAAAUGUGGUUGCAGCCAUUUCUCGCGUCACACGUUUGACGCCCACGCUAUCGAUAUCCUCUUUGUCGUGAUCAAUCAUCCACGGAAAUGUCAGAUGUAUCGUUCGGACGCCACCUUUGGGAUCAAUGGGAAUCAGUCGAAAGCUACACAAAAGUGGGAACGCAAUCUCUCGAGCGGUUUAACGAGUUCCUCAAGCGGCGAGCCGAAAUCGAGGGUGAAUAUGCUAAAGCGCUGCAGAAGCUGGCGCGGUCGCAUAAGGAUGAAGCCGUCACAAAGAAGGGACCGGAAAAGGCUGCGGGCGGGUUCGGAAUGGCCAUCAUGAGUGGGACAGUAUCCCAGAGCUGGCUACAGUUGCUGACCGUCACGGAACACACCGCGGCAUUCCACACAUCACUGGCAGAGCAACUGGACGGAGAGAUGAGGAAAAGCAUAAAAGCACAGAUCAAGGAUAAUGACAAGCUGUUCAAACAGCAAUUCGACGAGAUUCGGAAGCAGACCCUCGAAUACCGGAAGCAAACCGACAACCUCGAAAAGACGAGACUACGGUAUGAUAAGGCGACGAAGGAUAUGGAUGCCGCGCGGCAGGCAUACGAGGUGGCGAACCAGGACAUGAAUAAAACGGCGAAAGACAUCGAGCGGUUGAGGACUGAUGCAGAAAAGAAGGCUAUGCUUGCGCAGGAGUGUGCAACGGCAUAUAAGCAGUGCAUUGAGCAAACAAAUCAAGUAAAGGAUAAGUUCUACACUGAGACGAUACCCUCAAUAUUGGAUGACAUUCAAUCGAAAGAUGAAAGCAGCCGCAUCGACUUUACGAAGAAGGCGUUCCUUCGAUACGCGGACCUCCUCAAUGCUCAAACCCCAUCCAUCGCCUCAUCCAUCUCCGCCAUGACAGGCAUCUUCGACAAGAUAUCACCCACCUACGACUCCGCCACCUUCGUCAAGCUCUGCAAAACGGGCACUCUGCCGCCCAACGACUUUAUGUUCGAAGAGCGAGCGUUGACACCGAACGCUGCGACAGCCGGAAAGAAAACUUUGGCACGCGGGUUCACAAAGACGUACCUGGAGGCCGAGGACAACAAGGAGGACGCGAUUGUGGCCAUGCCGGGGAAGCACGGGCGGAAGAAGGCGGUGGAGCGGAUCAAACUCCUCGAUAAAGAACUCUCCGAGACCGAGAAAAAGAAACAGGGGUGCGAGACACUCAUCAACGUGUACGUCUCGAAACCCGAGAUCUCGCAAGACCCCAAAGUGCGCCGCGACAUGGACGACCAGAUCAACGGCCUGAACGCGCACAUCGACGUGAUCAAGAGCAAAAAGCAUCGGCUGCAGUGCUACAUCGCACAAGUGGACGGUGUGCCCGCGCCCGACCCGCCCGCGGGAGUCACGGUGCGGGAUAGCCCGAUGACACCGUUCACGCCUGAGCAUGUCAGCGGGGAGCAUCGAGGCCGACCGGAAUCGCAGGACUCGUUCGCGAGCUCGUCGGCGGCCCUAGAAGCGGGGCGGGAUGCGAGGCGGUUUUCGGGUGCGACUGGGAUGAGCUCGUAUUUGGGCCAGAGCCAGGCGGAGGAUAGUGGGGGCGAGGAUGUGUAUGAGAGUUCGCUCGCGGUCGGUGGGGGUGGGGUAGGCGGUGGGGGUGGAGUGGAUGCUGGGGAGGAUGUCAUUUGUAAAGCUCGGAUGGUGUAUGACUUUGAGGGUGCUCCGGGGGAUCUGUCGGUUACAGCUGGAGAGGAGCUGGAUGUGCUGGAAAAGCAGGACGACGGAUGGUGGAAAGCUCGGGUAUAUCGAGCAAGUGGAGUGGUCGAAGGGUUCAUUCCAGGAAAUUACACAGAGGAAAUAUAAGACUACCCCUUCCCGGGACUUGCAGAGCAUCAAUUCCCUUCUUCAAACCCGUCGUGUCUCUGUCUAUAAAUUACACCUACUACGUGAUGUCUGAACGACUGGCCAAGGCGUCCUAUGGGAGCUCUACCUUUCCUCCCCGUCCAUCUUCACCACAACGGAAUGUUUUCAGGGCUCAAGUAUGAUUGAUGAUGGAUAAAUGCUAGAUACUACUACU